AGUUUGGUUGAGAAGAAGUUGGAUGGUGGAAGGUACCACUGAUGAGAAGCGGCCGAAAAAAGCGAAUAUUUGCAGACAUUUCAAAGAAUACUGAGGAAUAUUACAUUGUUCUGCUUACUAUCAGUAUAUUCAUAAAAGUGUCUGACUUUCAUUAUCAUCUGCACCAGGUGUCCUAGUGUGUUCUGGUUGUACCCCAGAGAUGGCACAGCGGAGCGGGCAGGAGGACCCGGAGCGGUACCUGUUCGUGGACCGCGCCGUGGUCUGCAACCCGGCCACGCAGGCCGACUGGACGGCCAAGAAGCUCGUAUGGAUCCCAUCGGAGCGACACGGCUUCGAGGCGGCCAGCAUCCGCGAGGAGCACGGCGACGAGGUGGUGGUGGAGCUGGCUGAGAACAGCAAGAAGGCCAUGGUGAACAAGGACGAUAUCCAGAAGAUGAACCCUCCCAAGUUCAGUAAGGUGGAGGACAUGGCCGAGCUCACGUGUUUGAACGAGGCCUCAGUGCUGCACAACCUCAAGGACCGCUACUACUCUGGCCUCAUCUACACAUACUCUGGCCUCUUCUGUGUGGUGAUAAACCCCUACAAGUACCUGCCCAUCUACUCAGAGAACAUCAUAGAGAUGUACAGGGGGAAGAAGAGACACGAGAUGCCUCCUCACAUCUACGCCAUCUCAGAGUCCGCGUACAGAUGCAUGCUCCAAGACCGAGAGGACCAAUCAAUUCUCUGCACAGGUGAAUCUGGUGCUGGCAAGACAGAAAACACUAAAAAGGUCAUCCAGUACCUUGCACAUGUGGCUUCCUCCCAUAAAGGAAAAAAAGACCACAGCAUUCCUGUAAGUCCAGAGUCGCCUAAACCAGUAAAACUACAGAGUGGAGCCCUGUUCUAUGGUGAAUUGGAGCGUCAACUCUUACAGGCCAACCCCAUCCUCGAGUCCUUCGGCAACGCCAAGACAGUGAAGAAUGACAACUCGUCACGAUUCGGAAAGUUCAUCCGGAUCAACUUUGAUGUCACCGGAUACAUCGUCGGGGCCAACAUCGAAACUUAUCUACUGGAGAAAUCAAGAGCUGUUCGCCAAGCCAAAGACGAGCGCACCUUCCACAUCUUCUACCAGCUGCUGUGUGGGGCGGGAGAACAUCUCAGGUCGGACCUGCUCCUGGAGGGUUUCAACAGCUACCGCUUCCUGUCCAACGGCAACAUUACCGUCCCUGGUCAGCAGGACAAAGACAACUUCCAGGAGACCAUGGAGGCCAUGCACAUCAUGAGCUUCUCCCACGACGAGAUCCUGGCCAUGCUGAAGGUGGUCUCCUCCGUGCUUCAGUUUGGGAACAUCGUCUUCAAGAAGGAGAGGAACUCAGACCAGGCCUCUAUGCCUGAGAACACAGCGGCCCAGAAGUUGUGCCACCUGUUGGGGCUGAACGUGAUGGAGUUCACCCGGGCCAUCCUGUCUCCAAGGAUCAAGGUGGGACGAGACUACGUCCAGAAGGCCCAGACCAAAGAACAGGCUGACUUUGCAGUGGAGGCUCUAGCCAAGGCCACCUACGAGCGUCUGUUCCGCUGGCUGGUCCACCGCAUCAACAAGGCCCUGGACCGUACCAAACGCCAGGGGGCCUCCUUCAUCGGCAUCCUGGACAUCGCUGGCUUUGAGAUCUUCCAGCUGAACUCGUUUGAGCAGCUGUGCAUCAACUACACCAACGAGAAGCUUCAGCAGCUGUUCAACCACACCAUGUUCGUCCUGGAGCAGGAAGAGUACCAGAGGGAGGGCAUCGAGUGGAGUUUCAUCGACUUCGGCCUGGACCUGCAGCCCUGUAUCGACCUCAUCGAGAGGCCGGCGAACCCUCCUGGUGUGCUGGCUCUGUUGGAUGAGGAGUGCUGGUUCCCCAAGGCCACAGACAAGACGUUCAUCGACAAGCUGGUCCAGGAGCAGGGCACCCACUCCAAGUUCCAGAAGCCCAGACAGCUAAAGGACAAGGCUGACUUCUGCAUCAUCCACUACGCUGGCAAGGUGGACUACAAGGCAGAUGAGUGGCUGAUGAAGAACAUGGACCCCCUGAAUGACAACGUGGCCUCGCUGCUCAACCAGUCCACUGACAAGUUUGUGGCCGAGCUCUGGAAAGAUGGUGUUUUUAUCCCCCUGUCUCUCUGUAUCGUAGAGAUACAGAACAAUGUCACUAGUCUUGAUGAGCCUCCAGUGGACCGCAUCGUGGGCCUGGACCAGGUGGCGGGCAUGGCAGAGACAACGUUCGGAGCCACCUACAAGACCAAGAAGGGCAUGUUCCGCACGGUGGGCCAGCUCUACAAGGAGUCCCUCACCAAGCUCAUGGCCACCUUGAGGAACACCAACCCCAACUUCGUCCGCUGUAUUAUCCCCAACCACGAGAAGAAAGCUGGUAAGCUGGAGCCCCAUCUGGUUCUGGACCAGCUGAGGUGUAAUGGAGUUCUGGAGGGAAUCCGUAUCUGCAGACAGGGCUUCCCCAACCGCAUCGUCUUCCAGGAGUUCAGACAGAGGUACGAGAUCCUGACCCCUAAUGCCAUACCCAAGGGCUUCAUGGAUGGGAAACAGGCCUGUGAGAGGAUGAUCCGAGCGUUGGAACUGGACCCCAACCUGUUCCGUAUCGGCCAGAGUAAGAUAUUCUUCAGGACCGGAGUCCUGGCCCACCUGGAGGAGGAAAGAGACCUGAAGAUCACUGACAUCAUCAUCUACUUCCAGUCUGUCUGCCGCGGCUACCUGGCACGCAAGGCGUUUGCUAAGAAGCAGCAGCAGCUGAGUGCUCUGAAGGUCCUCCAGAGGAACUGUGCUGCCUACCUCAAGCUGCGCCACUGGCAGUGGUGGAGACUCUUCACCAAGGUGAAACCUCUGCUCCAGGUGACCCGGCAGGAGGAGGAGAUGCAGGCCAAAGACGAUGAGCUGGUCAAGGUGAAGGAGAGACAGAGCAAGGUGGAGGGAGAGCUGGUGGAGAUGGAGAGGAAACACCAACAGCUCCUAGAGGAGAAGAAUAUCCUUGCAGAGCAGUUGCAGGCGGAGACGGAGCUGUUUGCCGAGGCGGAGGAGAUGAGGGCCCGCCUGGCCGCUAAGAAGCAGGAGCUGGAGGAGAUCCUCCACGACCUGGAGACCAGAGUGGAGGAGGAAGAGGAGAGGAACCAGAGCAUGCAGAACGAGAAGAAGAAGAUGCAGUCCCACAUCCAGGAUCUAGAGGAGCAGUUAGAUGAAGAGGAGGCAGCCAGGCAGAAGCUUCAGCUGGAGAAGGUGACAGCCGAGGCCAAGAUCAAGAAGAUGGAGGAGGACAUUCUACUGCUGGAGGACCAGAACUCCAAGUUCCUCAAGGAGAAGAAGUUGCUGGACGACCGUGUGGCCGAGAUGACUUCCCAGCUGACGGAGGAGGAGGAGAAGGCCAAGAACCUGGGCAAGGUCAAGAACAAGCAGGAGGUGAUGAUGGUCGACCUAGAAGAGCGCCUGAAGAAGGAGGAGAAGACUCGCCAGGAGCUGGAGAAGGCCAAGAGGAAGCUAGACGCUGAGACCACGGACCUCCAGGACCAGAUAGCUGAGCUGCAGGCCCAGAUAGAGGAGCUCAAGAUCCAGCUGGCCAAGAAGGAGGAGGAGCUACAGGCCGCUCUGUCCAGGGGUGAUGACGAGGCGGCACAGAAGAACAACGCUCUGAAAGCUGUGCGGGAGCUGCAGGCCCAGCUGUCAGAGCUGCAGGAGGACCUGGAGUCAGAGAAGGUGUCCAGGAACAAGGCGGAGAAAGUCAAGAGGGACCUCAGUGAAGAGCUGGAGGCUCUGAAGACUGAGCUGGAGGACACUCUGGAUACCACCGCUGCCCAGCAGGAGCUCAGGACCAAGCGAGAGCAGGAGGUGGCUGAGCUGAAGAAGGCCAUCGACGAGGAGACCAAGAACCACGAGUCUCAGGUCCAGGAGAUGAGACAGAGACACUCCACUGCCCUAGAGGAGCUGUCUGAGAAUUUGGAGCAGGCCAAGAGGUUCAAGUCCAACCUGGAGAAGAACAAGUGUACCCUGGAGAGUGACAACAAGGAGCUGGUGAGCGAGGUGAAGGGGCUUCAGCAGGCCAAGACAGAGUCAGAACACAAGAGGAAGAAGAUGGAGGCUCAGCUGCAGGAGUUCAUGGCCCGAGCCACCGAGGGAGAGAGGGCUAAAGUAGAACUGGCCGACCGCACACACAAACUGCAGACGGAACUGGACACUGUCUCCGCCCUGCUGGAGGAUGCUGAGAAGAAGGGAAUCAAGUUGGCCAAGGAUUCAGCAGGCCUGGAGAGUGUGUUACAGGACACACAGGAGCUGCUCCAGGAGGAGACUCGUCAGAAGCUGAACCUGAGCUCUCGUAUCCGUCAGCUGGAGGAGGACAAGAGUACCCUGCAGGAGCAGCAGGAGGAGGACGAGGAGGCCCGCAGGAACCUGGAGAAACAACUGGCCACGCUGCAGGCUCAGCUGUUUGAGUCUAGGAAGAAGCUGGAUGAGGACGUGGGGACCCUGGAGUCUCUGGAGGAGGUGAAGAGGAAGCUACAGAAGGACCUGGAGUUGACCAGCCAGCGGCUGGAGGAGAAAGCCUCCGCCUUUGACAAGAUGGAGAAAACCAAGACCCGCCUGCAGCAGGAGCUGGACGACCUCAUGGUGGACCUGGACCACCAGAGGACCAUUGUCUCCAACCUGGAGAAGAAGCAGAAGAAGUUUGACCAGCUCCUGGCUGAGGAGAAGACCAUUUCUGCCCGCUAUGCUGAGGAGCGUGACAAGGCCGAGGCUGAGGCCAGGGAGAAGGAGACUAAGGCUCUGUCUAUGGCCCGGGCUCUGGACGAGGCCCUGGAGGCCAAGGAGGAGUUUGAGAGGCUCAACAAGCAGCUGAGGACUGAGAUGGAGGACCUGAUGAGCUCCAAGGACGACGUGGGCAAGAGCGUCCAUGAGCUGGAGAAGUCGAAGCGCACCCUGGAGCAGCAGGUGGAGGAGAUGAGGACCCAGCUGGAGGAGCUGGAGGACGAGCUGCAGGCCACGGAGGACGGCAAGCUGCGUCUGGAGGUCAACAUGCAGGCCAUGAAGGCCCAGUUCGACAGGGACCUGCAGGCCAGAGACGAACAGAACGAGGAGAAGAAGAGGACGCUGGUCAAACAGGUUCGUGAGAUGGAGGCAGAGCUGGAGGAUGAGAGGAAGCAGAGAGCCCUGGCUGUGGCAGCUAAGAAGAAGCUGGAGAUGGACCUCAAGGACCUGGAGGGGCAAAUAGAAGCAUCCAACAAGGCCAGAGAUGAAGCCAUCAAACAGCUCAGAAAACUACAGGCCCAGAUGAAGGACUACCAGAGGGAGCUGGAGGAGGCCAGAGCAUCCCGUGAUGAGAUCUUUGCACAGUCUAAAGAGAACGAGAAGAAACUAAAGGGCCUGGAAGCUGAGAUCCUACAGCUGCAGGAGGACCUGGCGGCUUCAGAGAGGGCCCGUAGACACGCUGAGCAGGAGAGAGACGAGCUGGCCGACGAGAUCUCAAAUAGCGCCUCUGGAAAGUCGGCCCUGCUAGAUGAGAAGAGGAGGCUUGAGGCCCGCAUCUCGCAGCUGGAGGAGGAACUAGAGGAGGAACAGAGCAACAUGGAGCUGCUCAACGACCGCUUCCGCAAGACCACCAUGCAGGUGGACAUCCUGAACACUGAGCUGGCUGGGGAGCGCAGUGCGGCCCAGAAGAGUGAGAACGCCCGUCAAGGAAUGGAGAGGCAGAACAAGGAGCUGAAGGCCAAGCUGGGAGAGCUGGAGGGGGCAGUCAAGUCCAAGUUCAAGGCUGCCAUCACCGCCCUGGAGGCCAAGAUACUGCAGCUGGAGGAGCAACUGGAGCAGGAGGCCAAGGAGAGGGCAGCAGCCAAUAAGAUUGUCCGACGCACGGAGAAGAAGCUGAAAGAGGUGGUGAUUCAGGUGGAGGACGAGCGUCGCCAUGCCGACCAGUACAAGGAACAGAUGGAGAAGGCCAACUCUCGUAUGAAGCAGCUGAAGCGUCAGCUAGAGGAGGCUGAGGAGGAGGCUACCAGAGCCAAUGCCUCCCGUAGGAAACUACAGAGGGAGCUGGACGACGCCACCGAGGCCAGCGAGGGCCUGACCCGCGAAGUCAACACACUCAAGAACCGCCUCAGGCGUGGAGGCCCCCUCAGCUUCUCGUCUAGCCGUUCAGGCCGCAGCCGGCAGCUCCAGAUCGACGGAACCUCCGUGGACAAUUCUGACGACGACGCCGACAGCCGCGCCAGCGACCACAACGACACGCAAGCCUCCAACCAGACCGAAUAGACGCUCCCUGCUAAUCCUACCAACCCUAUCGAUUAGCCAGCCUGGCAGCAUGGUGACUACAACACCUCAGCCUCUCCAUCUGUCCCUGUCCACGAGUCAACAGCAGGGAGAACCAGGGUCCUGUUCAUUAGGAACCAAAACAGAAGAAAACAGUCCGAAACAGGGAAGGACUACCUGGAUUUGACUAAUAAGAACGAAAGAUGCUUUCAAACAUUUUGCUACGGUGUGUUCUAAUGAAUACGACCUAGACCACCCCACCCCCCAGAAAUGCUCCCUUGCUAGGGAUGACGAAACAAUUACUCCCACUUGAGCGGGUUACUCUGCCUUACUCUAACGUUACUCUAACAAUAUUCCUACUCUACUCUGGCUAGCUGCUCGGCCCGGCGAGUGUCCCAACGAUCUUAAUAUAGUCCUCCCUAAACGUGGAAUUAUGUGCUCCACUUAAAUGAAUAUGUAAACUUAUGUACAAGUGCUUUUGACUUAUGAACUGUGCGUGUGUGCACAUGUGAGUAUGUAAGGUAUGUGUAUGCCCCUGAACGCCAAACUGCAAGGAAAGGAGCGAAACUAGGAAACGUUCACUUUUGUCAUCCUCCUCUCACAUGAAACAAAACAUUGUCUUGUAAUACAAGUGUGUCACCAAAUGUAAAGCCAUCAUCUCUCCCCUGGCUUAAAGCAGGCCUAACAAAACUCUGUCCUCUCCGAUGAUAGUCCUAUUCAACAAUAGGUCAGAGGUCAAUGGACUGCCUCCGCUUCCCUCAUUGCAUGAGUCUCUUCCUGAUGUACAGACUAUUGUUCCGCUUCUAAACACUACAAUGAAACAAGAUGGUGGAUUCACACAGUCUGACCUGUUCUGGAAGAAAAAAGUGGAACGGAAAGGAUAUUUUAACUGUGAAAAGCUUUUCUCCACUUGCCACAGCCUCUCGUCACAACACUUUAAAAACAAUUGGUAACUGACUUCUUAUAGGAAUCGCAUAGGUCAUGAUUGACGUUUUUUGUUGUUGUAUUUUGACUAAUUGGAGCACUAUUUUUCCUGUUGUUCAGGAAGAAGGGUUGAAGGCAGUGAAGUGUGGUAUGCUUAGAUAGAUGGUCGCUGGCGUAUGUAUCACAGAGAAUCGCUGGAAACGGCACAUAACUGCACAAUGAGUGUUCAUAUGCCCCUGUAACUGGAGCCAGGAAACCCCAAGCUUCUCUCUGAGUGGUCACAUGAUGUACAAUACAGCCUCUUAGUCCAACACGAAUGAUGAGAGCUUCGAUUGAACGUGUAGUUUGGCUAGCUAAAGCCUACUUCUCAGAGCAAGGGGGGCCCCGCCAUCUCACUUUGUUUGUGCCAUGGUUUGGUAGCAAAGUAGGACCCCCAACUCUCUCUUAUAAUACGUUGACACACCAACUACCAAGCACUUAGUAUUCCUAGAUAUAACAACCUUCUAUUGGGGAUAGCAUCUCAAAGCUCUAAAACUAUUAAGACACUCUUAACGUCCCAGAAGGUCCAUAUCCAUCAGCGCUCUCUAUUGUUCCUUUGGCAUCUCUGUUCAGUAUAAAAGAAGGUAAUGUAUGGAAACUGCCACUUUCAUUUGACUUUUACGCCAAUGUUAGCUCAGCUGUAAUGACAUGUUUCUUUAAAGUGCCUUAGACACUAGAAAAGAACAUUAGUGGGUAAUGCACGGUGAGCACCUGUAUUAAACAGAAAGACGUGUAGGUGUGCACCUGUAUUAAACAGAAAGACGUGUAGGUGUACACCUGUAUUAAACAGAAAGACGUGUAAGUGUACACCUGUAUUAAACAGAAAGACGUGUAAGUGUGCACCUGUAUUAAACAGAAAGACGUGUAGGUGUGCACCUGUAUUAAACAGAAAGACGUGUAGGUGUGCACCUGUAUUAAACAGAAAGACGUGUAGGUGUACACCUGUAUUAAACAGAAAGACGUGUAGGUGUACACCUGUAUUAAACAGAAAGACGUGUAGGUGUGCACCUGUAUUAAACAGAAAGACGUGUAAGUGUACACCUGUAUUAAACAGAAAGACGUGUAGAUGUGCACCUGUAUUAAACAGAAAGACGUGUAGGUGUACACCUGUAUUAAACAGAAAGACGUGUAAGUGUACACCUGUAUUAAACAGAAAGACGUGUAGGUGUACACCUGUAUUAAACAGAAAGACGUGUAGGUGUACACCUGUAUUAAACAGAAAGACGUGUAAGUGUACACCUGUAUUAAACAGAAAGACGUGUAGGUGUGCACCUGUAUUAAACAGAAAGACGUGUAGGUGUACACCUGUAUUAAACAGAAAGACGUGUAGGUGUGCACCUGUAUUAAACAGAAAGACGUGUAGGUGUGCACCUGUAUUAAACAGAAAGACGUGUAAGUGUGCACCUGUAUUAAACAGAAAGACGUGUAGGUGUACACCUGUAUUAAACAGAAAGACGUGUAAGUGUACACCUGUAUUAAACAGAAAGACGUGUAGGUGUGCACCUGUAUUAAACAGAAAGACGUGUAGGUGUACACCUGUAUUAAACAGAAAGACGUGUAGGUGUGCACCUGUAUUAAACAGAAAGACGUGUAGGUGUGCACCUGUAUUAAACAGAAAGACGUGUAGGUGUACACCUGUAUUAAACAGAAAGACGUGUAAGUGUACACCUGUAUUAAACAGAAAGACGUGUAGGUGUGCACCUGUAUUAAACAGAAAGACGUGUAGGUGUACACCUGUAUUAAACAGAAAGACGUGUAGGUGUACACCUGUAUUAAACAGAAAGACGUGUAGGUGUGCACCUGUAUUAAACAGAAAGACGUGUAGGUGUACACCUGUAUUAAACAGAAAGACGUGUAGGUGUACACCUGUAUUAAACAGAAAGACGUGUAGGUGUGCACCUGUAUUAAACAGAAAGACGUGUAGGUGUACACCUGUAUUAAACAGAAAGACGUGUAAGUGUGCACCUGUAUUAAACAGAAAGACGUGUAGGUGUACACCUGUAUUAAACAGAAAGACGUGUAGGUGUGCUGUACGUGUUACAUAAAAACCUAACGAGGCAAACCUGGUGAACGGAAAACACACACUUAUUUUUCUUUGUCUUGUGUAUUUUUGCUGAUGUUUCAUAUCAUACCCAGUGUGCACCUCCUCUCCUGUUCAUAUACCUGUAGCAAUGUCUCCAUAGGUAGUGCGUGUGUGGGUCAGAAAUCAGUGUUACUAUUAACUAUGUGAGAUGUGGAGCCUUUUGCUCCCCCUUCAAGAGCAGAAUGUGAUUUCAUUUGGUUAAAAGCUUUAACAUCCAUGAUGUAGUUUGUGUUUGUAUUAUUAUUCUCAGACUGGCUGUUGACGACCAGGCUUUCAUUACAACUGCAAAUACACCCCCACCCCCAUUUUAUUUCUUGUUUGCCUCCUGUAUUUCUAGACUACAGUGAUUUUUUUUGUAAAAGAAAAUAAAGCAUAUUCAUUGUAGAAAUAA